UAUAUUCUGUGCUAUAUACCGAACAAUCAACAACGUCCCAUUACCAACCAAAGAGCGGUCGUUUCCAUCACCUCGCCAUCCAUAACAGUCAGGGCUUUUAGUUGCGCGCGUCGACCGCCUGACAGAGCAUUCGUUAAAAUAGUCUGGUUGUGCUCGCCAACCGUGGACUUAUUCUCUCCUUAAUUGCUUUUUUGCAUUUUUUGUUUAUAAAAUUUUAAUAAUUGUUUUAAAUUUAUUUUACUUUCGUUUUGCUUCGUAGUUUGUUUGGUUAAAUCGGUGGCGUUUCGUUAAUAAAGUGAUUUCAUAUUUUUUGUGUAUAUUAAGUAAAUAUUGCGUAGUUGAAUUUUUAACUUGUACUCGUAUACACAAAAUUCAGAAACGGUUUCGCCUGUUGUGACGUGUUUUAUGGUUUAAACAAAGUAUCUAGUUGUUAUAUUAGAAAUAAUAUCUACAAAGGCCACCAAAACAAUUGCUUGAAUAAAUAGAGUGUAAAAACGAUUGUGGUUAACAUCAGCCACUCGUAAAAGAUAUAUACUACAUAUUGCUAAGCAUUUAAGAGACGACAAAACACAUUUGCGAGGCAUUACUGUAUUAUUGGCAUUUAGUGUGCAGUGCAGAAUUGCGUGCGACACACAAAGCAUAAGCGUUGCACAAAACACAAAGUAAAAACGAAAGAAAAUUAAAAAAUAAAAAAUAAAGUACAAAAAACAGAAAAGUUAAUAAAUCGAAUUAAGUGGAAAUUAUAGAAAUCAUGCCAUCCGAAAACCAUAAAGAUAUCGAAAUCGGCAACAAAGUGGAAAAUGUUGGUGCCAGCGACAAUGUGGAAAGCGUAAGCGCCGCCACCCCCACCCCCGCUAAUGCUGCACCAGCCGCAGGUACAGCAGCGCCCAGUGCAGUGAUAGUCGUGGCUAAGGAAUCGGUGCCCGCCGAUACCAUUACGAAUGGCAGCUCGAACGUGAAAAGUACGACGACGUCAGCCGCGCCGCCAAGUAAGGAGUCAGCUUCUCUAUCGCAAGAGCAGCCGAAACAAGACUCCACUGCCAUGCAGGCAAAUCUGCACCCGGCCAUGCAACCAAUGCAACAAUCUGUCACAGGUAAAUUUGCACUCGCUUUCUGUGUAUGUGUGUACGUAUGUAUGUAUGUGCACUGCUUACUGGCCGUCUGAGCCACCGCAGCAGCCAACACCUUGACACUUUGACCAUUAGCA